AUGUUUUUCGACGAUAUAGAAUUAAGUCAAGACGAUUUGGAUGAAAUUAAUAAAAUCGAACUAUCGUGUCAACACAAGCGCAGUUUUUCGGUCACAGAUAGUGAGGAAGAAUCUUUGACUGUUCCAGGUAGUAGGAAGCGAAUUCGUAUAUUGUCAGAUAGUGAAAGUGAUGAUGAGCAGUGCUUCUCACCUGCGCGCCCAUCUACUUCAGGCGCUUUGCCAAAUGCUGUGUGGUCAAUCUCGACAGGUAACCAACCCAAAAUUAUACCGUACACAGAAUCACCUGGGCUAAAACCUAUUCAACUGAGACAUUUGAUGGCGAAUUCAGACCCGCAAAACUUUUACUCAUUACUAGUACCGGACACAGUUUUUGAAGACAUCGUAUAUCAAACGAACCUAUUUGCAGAACAAAUAAUCUCAAAGGGUGGAUUAAAACGAGUCUCAAGAAUUCACAAAUGGGUGCCUACAGACGUCAAAGAGAUAAAAAAAUUCUUUGCUCUUAUUCUGUGGAUGGGGUUAGUGAGAUUACCAUCUCUUGCCGAUUACUGGUCUACAGAUCCGAUGUUUCGACAAGAUUUCGCAAAAAAUGCCAUGACUCGAAACAAAUUUAAAAUUUUACUUCGCAUGCUACAUUUCUUAAUAAAGAAACUGAAAAAGGUGACCGACUACACAAAAUAG